UCCAUCUCCUCCCGCCGCGGAGCUGUCCACGGGACAGUGGUGCUGAAACUACCAGCGCCGUUGGAAACUAUUCCCCCCACCCUUCCCCAACCCAUCACGGUUUGAACGCUCCCAUCAAGCCUCUUUUCUUUAAUCUUUGGAAAGUUACACACAUGUCGGUUUGAGCGUCACUUGACGGAUAUUCAUCCGCUCAGACGCUCCAUCCGAGGAGCGCAUCGCGUUGCCUUCAACUUCUCGGCCGAUCCGAAGAAUAAGAGGACCCUCCGAGCGGCGCAGCCAUGGCUUUCAUGGUGAAACAUGUGGUGGGAGGGCAGCUGAAGAACCUGACGGGCGGACUGACGGAGGAGAAACCCGAAGCGGAGAAGACGGACGCCGCCGCGCAGGGCAUGACUCAGGAGGAAUUCGAACAGUACCAGCAACAGUUAGAGGAGGAAAAACAAGAACGAGAAGCCAAUUUUGCCCAGAAGAAAGCGGAGAGGGCCACCGUCAGAAGCCAUUUCCGGGAUAAGUACAGACUUCCAAAGAACGAGACGGACGAGACCCAGAUCCAGCAGGCCGGGGACGAUGUGGUGCUGCCCACGGAGCUGGCCAAGAUGAUCGCGGAGGACAAUCAGGAGGAGUCACACAAGCAGUCGGUGCUGGGCCAGCUGUCCAACAUCCAGAACGUGGACAUCGACCAGCUGAAGGACAAAGCGCAGGCCACGCUGGAAGACCUCAAAAAGCAGACGGAGAAUUGCAGCCUCAUGUGAUCCGGCCCGCUCUGGAGUCCCAGGGGGGAUUAGAGUUUCACUCACGCACAUAUUUUUCAAAGGCAGAGCUACUCUGGAGGUAGAUGGGUUCCUAUUGCUUUAGAGGAGCCUCCGUUGGCGGAGCCACAUAUUAGCAGCUCCCAGGCAGAAGAGGAAGGGGUCGUCUUAUAAGUUCAGUUAGCUUUCCAAGUUGACCUUCAGACUUCCGAACAGUCACGAAUGUCAUCCACUUUCACUAUUGCAGAUUUAUUUAGUCUCUUCCCGUUGAGAUUAAUUCUGCCUUUAGAGCAACUCCCCCUCUGAAAAAUAUGAAUCUAUUAGAUCCUUUGCUCCCUUCGUUUCCGAACCUCACGUGUCCAGUGGUAACACAAUGUGAUUCUGCAGCAGAGGUUUUCAGGUGUGUGUGUGUGUGUGUUUGAGUGACACACACACACACUCAUAUGAGGAGGCCAUACGUGUAAUGUGUUGAAUUUGGGGAAAAGUAUCGUGGGGUUGUUUAUAUUUCAUGUACAAAAGCAAAAAAUAAUUUACGAGCAAGACAUGAGGCUGAUUUCUUUUUGCCAUAAGUAGCUUACAGAUGUUGGCCCCCUGGUGCCCUGAUUAAAACUCCCUGUGAACUGCAUUAAUCUUCAUUUUUAUGUUUUCUUAGUCAUAUCAAUAUAAAGGUUUCCUUCUUUUCGUACUUCAGCGUGCCUUGGACGUCCGUACAAGGUGUCUUCUCCAGAGCUCCGACAUCUGUAGGCUACUUUUUUUCACGAGGAUGGGCCUUCUGGUUAGCUGCAGAGACUUCUUACUUUAAGUUUUUGUUAAAGAGCAAAACAUCCUUUGUGAGUAGGCAGAAACUGUGGGCCGCAUUUUGUAUGUUGUAUUUGUAUUUACAAUCAAAGUGUGUCCAACUGUCCUCCCGAGAUUGAGCCCAGCAUCUACUACAAAGGGGACCAAUCGGUGCGUUUGUGCCGCAUCCAGAGGUUAAAGGGAGCAGUUCACCCUUAAAUCAAAAAUAACUUGUGUUUGCCCCUCACCUGUCGUGUGGUGUCUGUUAAGUUUUUCAAAUUUAUAUUUAUAUAUAUAGACAAACACUUCUACAUGCAACUCACCCCAAAACAAUACAGACUGAUAAAUAGAAAUACAGGUAAGAGUCAAAGAACACCAUUUUCUUUAUAUUGGGGUGAACUGUCCCUGUUAAAGAAAGAGAGACGUGUAAAUGCUUCAGACGUCGUAAGCCACUUUGACCAACAUGAAGGAAAAUGGCCCCAAAUAUGUCAAAUGUGUGUAACCGUGGCGUGAGUAUAAAUCCACAUACAAGUAUUUGUGUUGUGUGAGACGUAAAACGUUGUGUGCCGUCAACAGCGAGUUACUCUUCGCUCCGCUCCCAGGUCUCGUGGUGUUGACCUUCGACCCGUUCCUCGAUCCCAGUGGUGCAGUGUUGUGUGCUGGUGGAUUUGUGUUGUUUAGCUGAUGUGAUGCGUCCAGUGGUGUCUUUUGUAACUCGGUAUUCUCUCUGUUUGGUUUUCUAGCCAAUACCAGAGGAGGGGGGGGGGGGGGGACGGAACGACGACAAUGUCCUUGAUGUUGUGUUACAUCCACAUACGCUACAUUUUUGACUGUUUGAUUUUCAAUGUAGCCGUGGGACAGUGUCUGCUUUGGUCUCCAUCCCUUUAGGUGCUUUAAGAUUAGGAAAGUUUGGCAUUUUAAGAGUGGACUUUUUAAUUUUGUACUUAAAUGGCAACCAGAGAUGAGCCACACCACCGCUGAAUGAAAGCCGAGGCCCAACACGCCGCCCAGCGGUUGUUGUCGCGGAAGAUGAACAAUACACAAAUCACACUUCAAUAAUAUAAAGUGGAGGAAAAGUUGCAAUAAAUUCCUUUUGCAGUAGAGCUACGAGAAUCAUGAGACAAUAUCGAUAGAUGGAACAGAAGCCAUAAAGAAAACCGUUUUGUUUUGUACGUGUGUGUGUGUGUGUGACUUGAAAAAAUAAUUCCAAUAAUAAUAAUAAUAAUAAUAAUAAUAAUAAUAGUAAACAAAUGUCUUUUCUGUGUGUUGUCAUCCUGUGGAAAUGGCUGCUAUGACACGCAGUUUCUUUUGGUUCUUUGUUUGACAGUUUCUCUAUCCCUCUGUCUCUGAAUUGUUUUUGUCUUCACUGCAAUAAACAGGUUUUUAGAACGAUG